UACAAUGAAUGAUCCUGAGGAGACAGACUCUGAAUGGGACAGUACUCUGGAUUUUACUUCUCCCAGACAGACUGGGGAUAAGCGGUCAGUUCCCCCGGAGAUUGAGGAUGAAGAAGCCAGUCGACAGGAUUCUGUUGUGGAGAGACCCAAACCAAAGGAGAGGACAUCACUCCCAGCCAACCAGACACCCGAGGACUACACCUAUGCAGAGGUGGUCAGAAAAGAUAAACAACCACAGAAGAAGUCAAAGGAAAGCCCACCUCCGUACAACUUCCGACCAGCUGUUUCUGGAAACAUUACACCCCAGAAAACAGAGCCUCCUCCUGGGAAAGAUAAAAAAGGAACAACUUAUGAUGUCACAACAAAAGGGAAAACCCCAGCUUCACAACAAGACAGUAUAAUGAGCACUGGCUCCUGGGAUGAUACAGAUGAAGAUGAGAAGACGCUGCGAGAGCUUAGAGAGACAUUUAAAACAGAGAAGAAGAAAGAGCAGGAAGCUGAAUCACUCAGACUCAGGCUGGAGAGUCAGGCAGAGGAUAUUAAAGCAGAUGAAGGACAAAUGACCAACAGGUCUGAGAACACAUGGAAAAGCUGGGCCAGUUUUGGGAAUAAGCUUGGCAGAUCCUCAAAUCGUAGCAAUAAAGGAAAGAAAACAAAAAAGGAGGGUAAGUCUGUUCCAACCUAUCGGGAUGAGGGUCAUUAUGAUGCAGUGGAUGUAGCUCAGGUCAGGGCAGCAGUUCAGAGACAGGAACCUCCCUCACAUAACAUGUUCCAGGCGCAUCCCAACAACGAGGUCAAGGAGCAGGGCCAUCCACCUGAUAAAGACCACGAUAUAAGCUUCACAGACUUCAAACCAGCCUACAUGGCACCCCCCUAUAUUGUCAAAGAGGAAGCUGGCAGUAUGACGUGCUAUUUCGGACAUGGAUCAGUACAAUAUCUGGAAGUGGACAAUGAAGAAGAAGAAGCUAUGAUGCCCAAACUUGCAGACAGAUUGGAGGGAAUUUUCCGGAGAAUUUGGCAGGAGUUUUUUGGAGCACUACGCAUUGUGACAAGUUUCUUUAUCCUGUUUGUGGUAGAACUAUUCAAGUACAUCAUUAAAUACGUCUUCCAGCCUAUAUUUAUUGGAAUUUUCAUGACGACUGGUGAAUAUGUCAUGAAACCUGUACUUUCAGUUUUAUUCAACGGCUUUAUGCAACCAACAGGUGUUUUCUGUUGGAAUUGUUGUGUUACAUCGAAACUUGUGUGUUCUCCAAUCAUACAGAUAUUGCAGAAAAUUCUAGAACAGUUUGCCAAGUGCUGUAGACAUGUCAGGUGUGUGGAGAUUUUCUGGAAAACCGGUAAACCUGGGCCGCGAAAUGUGGAGGAGGCAGACAUUAGGCAUGUAUAAAACUGUACAGAGGUUGGACCAAAUCAGUUCACAUCCCAAUCAAACAGGCAUAUCAAAUUCCUCUGUACAACUAAAGUGUACUUAAAUUUCAUUCUUGUAUCAAAAACCCAAUAUAAUUUUAAUAUU